AUGUCGUCGAGCCGCAGCAGUGCCGAUCUCGACCGCCCACCAACACCGGAGCAACUCGUCGAAGCUCAAUCGUCGGAGCUCUUCGAUGAGGAUGGCCACCGGACGACUUUUGGAGAAUUGACCAGGGGCAAGCGAGUGGUAGUGAUCUUCAUCCGUCAUUGGUGGUGUAUCGUUUGUCAGACAUACAUUAAGAGGUUAGCAGCUCAGAUACCGCCGUCCAACCUUCCAGAAGGGACUUCUGUCAUCGUCAUCGGAUGCGGUGGCUAUGCUCCAAUCAAGGCAUACAAAUCAGGCUCUUCGGACAUUUACCCAAUUUACGCCAAUCCUUCGCUCUCACUGUACAAGCUAUUCGACUUUACAGCCAAAUUGAAACCUGAGGAUCCUGAUAAUCCCAAAGAAUAUACAUCAGACCUUGGGUCGAGUGUUCAGAGGGUGUUUACGGGGCUCAAAGUGGCCUUGAAACGGAUCGAUCAUCUGAAUUCUCAUGGCCCCAUCGCACAGAAUGGCGGAGAAGUCGUAUUGGAAGCCGACGAAAGAUGCUCCUUCUUUCACCGGAUGCAGAAUACUGCUGACCAUACCGAUCUGAUUCACCUCGCCAAAGCUAUCGGAGCAGAAUACAACCCCCCUAGCGCCGCCGAGAAAGCCAAAGAAGCAGAGCCAAUGACGUGUGAUGGACCGGUCAAGGCUUAA